GUUGUGUUGCGGAAGAAGGAUGUGAUUGAGAUGGCUGGUCUUAGAUAGCGUCGUGGAGGAGAAUAUCUUCACCAUGUUUGUUUGUGGCUGUCCUGCGGGGAGCAGAGAACGGCUCUUUGUCCUUGUAGUUGUCCUGGGACGGUUUUUGGGAUGUGUGCGCUCUGCUGGACAGAGCCAGGACAGCGAGCUGACGUUUGUGCUGCCUGCCGGCAGAGCUGAGUGCUUCUUUCAAACAGCGCUGCAGAAUGGCACGAUGGAGGUCGAAUAUCAGGUGAUAGCAGGUGCUGGUGUGGACGUGGACUUCUCCAUCUUCUCACCUGAAGGCUACCACAUUGUGGGAGAGUUUCGACGCUCUGAUGGAGUCCACAUGGUGGAACCAACAGAAGAAGGAGACUAUCAAAUCUGCUUUGACAACAGCUUCAGCCACUUCUCAGAGAAGACUGUGUUCUUUGAGGUUAUCAUUGAGGGACAAGGUGAUGAUAUGGAUGAAGAUGAGUGGGCUGGGCUGGAGGUAUCUGAUGGAAGUCUGCUGGAGUACAAAUUGGAAGACAUCCGGGAGACCAUGGACUCUCUGUACAGACGCUUGGAGCGCACUCAACAGAUGCAGACGGUGUUACGGGCCUUUGAGGCUCGGGACCGAAACCUAUUGGAGGACAACAUGUGGAGGGUGUCCUUCUGGUCCUGUGCCAGUGUGUUAGUCAUGCUGUGUGUGGCUCUCACCCAGGUCUACACUGUCAGAAAACUGUUUGACGAUAAGCGGAGGGUCCACACAUAGUGAAACACUUUGCUGUGAAGUUGUGGAA